AUGGACGACUCUGAGCCCUUCUUGCCCGCAAAGAUCGAAUCAUCUGACGACGGUUAUCGCUCUCUAAACUGGCUUUUACCACGACGCCGCGCGACGGACAGAAUCCUCAAGUCGUCAAUCGUGUCUCAUCUGGCGGUCUUUAUUGCGACAACGCUUUUGUGGGGAGGCAUUCUCCUCCUCACUGCGCAUUUCUCUCCAGCAGUACUGCAGCGACACCGGCUCGAGACAUCGCCGUCGAACACGGUCGUGGAAAGCUCACCGCCGGCGCCCGCGGCGCACACCAACCACGUCGGAAAGCUGCUCUCCAACGAGAUCGACUAUCUGACAUGCGGCAAAACGCGUGAGGAGGCCCGCACUCGGGGCUGCAUUUACGACACUCUCAGCAACGCCUGGAUCCCGGGCCAAUGCCGCGACGACUUCUCCAUCAUGGAGUACGAGCUCGAUGGGUCGUGGUACCCGUUCGCCGACCGGAACCGGACGCAGCCCCUCCAAAAAGAGGAGUUGGGGGACCUGGAUUUCUACUACACGUCGCUGCGGGACCAUAUUGUGCACUGUGCCGCGCUGUGGCGGAGGCAGUUUCGUGCAUGGUCUGAGGGUUGGCGAUAUCUCGACGACGUGCUCGUCGACCCGGUCCAUACCAUGCAUUGCUCAAAGUACCUGGUGGAUUGGACGGAUAAGAUCCCGAACGAAUAUCGGACGACGGCUAUUAAGGUGCAGGUGGGUCAUGUGGGUUGUCAUGUUUUAGCUUGA